UCUGACUGAGCGGACACACACGUGGAGAGCAACGUUCCCGGAGUCGCAGGAAGGAUUUUUCCGUUUUUCGCUCUAGGUGCCUUCUAGUGCCUAGUCCAAAUUCACCAUUUUCACCAAACCCGUUUCGAUAGUGGUUCAAAAUUUCGCAUUCCAAAGCAAUAGUGUAACACAGAAAAAAACACAAAUAGAAAAACUACACAAUUUGGAUUAUCAAAAUUGCUCCGGUGACUGUGUGUGACGAAUUUAGUGGAAAAACAGUUGCAAUAGCCGAGCUGACGACGAACCCACGGGCUGUGAAGUUGUGCAAAAGCAAGAAGAAAGUUAGAGUAUGAAUCGAUUGUGCAAAGUUGCGGAAAUCGAAAUAAGGAUUAAGUGAUCGAAUCAAGUGGUGCGAAGUCUAUACGAACAGUGUGCAACGAUCGUUGGGGGUCAACAGUGAAUAAAUUUGGGACCGCAUGUACGAAUAGCAGGAUACUGUAAUCGUGUGAGCAGUCCGCCCGAGCGAUAAACCCGAGCCAAGAAGACUGAACCCCAUCAUCAAGAUGUUGAAGUGGACCGUGACCAAACGCCAGGAAGGUGGCACAGCAGCCGCAGUGCAAAGGCAUCAUCAGCGACAGAGCAGUUCCACAACUGUGCACGCACGUAGAUCGUUGGGCGCUCUCAAUGAACGCAAUGUUUACAGUGAUAACAUAACCGCCGCUAGCAAGGUGAAAGCCCGACGAUCCCUUGGGGCCACUAUGCACCGUCACGCACACAUCGACAAAGAGAACCAAUGCGUAACGUCAACGCCACAUCCCGUAGCAGCCGGGAGCAGAACUUCUGCGUCGCCCUAUUCCAUGGCUCUAAGAGACGUCAGUAAUAUUACACCAAAUACGACGCCUCGACGUCUUUCAACAACGCCUCAAAACCGUAAACGACCACUUGCUGUGUCUCCCAUAAGUGCCGUAACUUCCACGGCCAAAAAGGACACCAAUGUACCAUACGCCUCGACCCUACCGACUUUCGACAUAGAAUACUCACCAUGUGGAGUCAAGAACGUUCCAUUUCUUGCGUUACGAGGUCUUGGCCUCACCGAUUCUUACUUUGAAAAUCCUGGCCGUUACUUCCCUGAUGAGCAACCCCCUGCAGCAAAGCGCCCCAAACCCUUUGCUGCUCCUGCUCCUCCACCUGAGAAGCCUACUACAGGCAUCACCCCUCUGUCGUCUCGCCUGUCUGAGCUACGAUUUAGUAAAAUAAGCUUCAAGCGCAAUGCCGAUCACAAAACCAUAAACAAUAACAACCACCAAAUCUUCAACGACGAUGAACCUUCCCUGAACUCAUCCGAAAUGGGUGACAUCACCCUAGACAAAAUGAUCGAUGCGAUCCUCGAAAGCGCCAAGAAAGACCACCCCAAACGCAGCUCCAGCCUCAAAUCCAAACAACCGAAAAUCCCCUCUCCAACCUACACCGCUGCGGACGACCCCGCGUCGGACCUCUACAAAGACACUCUCAUCGAUCAACUGCCCCCGAAGCUAAUCGCCCAGGCCGAAACAACCAUCAUCCUCGAUGAAUCGACCCACGUCAACGAGCGGGAAGUGAAAACACCCGAACCCACCAAAACCUGCAGGUCACUUCGCCAAUCGCUCACCCGGUUCGUUCUGGCGAGCCCCUUGGACGCUUGCCAUCUUCGACGGCAGAAAGCGGUCCGACGGAAAAACAAACCGGACCAAAUCGAGAAGGAACCCUCCGAAAAGAAACCCUGUCGCAUUGGUCUCACCCUACCGAAUGGAAUCCCCAGCCCGGAAACCCCCAAAAGCGCCAGCUACAGUCAAUCCAAGUUGGACCAACUGGCCCAGAUGCAAACGCCAACCGAAACCGUUAUCGUGGUGGACUCGGAUCUCCCCGUGUCAAGAUCCACGUUGAAGCCCGACCACCCGACGGCACUGAGUACAAUCGACGAGAUGACCCCCAGUAUCCGAUCGAUCGAUCUGCAAGGCACUUCAACGCCAACCGGAUCCAUGGACGGUGCGUUCUCCAUCGAGAAAACGCGCAAGUGUCUGGCUUUCUCUCCGACUUUGAGUGAGGACUCGCUGGAAAAGCGCCGCUCUGUGGCUUCGUCCACCACUUCGCGCUGCUCGCGGACGGCCAGCAACGUUAAGGGUUCUCUGGAGGUUCAGCUCCGCCUGGAGGAUGGGAGCUCUGGCAGCCCCAACAAGCUACACGUUCACGUUGUUCGCUGCAAAGAUCUUCAACGUGGUACCACUCCUGGAAGCACGAUAAACGCCUACGUCAAGGUGGCGGUUAUUAACACGGCGAGCUCCGGCCUGGCCGACCAAGGCUUCCAGCGAACAGCGGUGCACCGAAAUUCCAACAAGCCACAAUUCGACCAUCGAUUUGUGUUCGAGCUUGAUAGUGGCGUUGAUGAGGAAGAUGUGCGACGGGUCCAGCUGGCUGUGUGGCAUCGGGACCGAGAGUGCAAACGGAGUGAAUUCCUAGGCUGCAUGUCAUUUCCUCUGAAAACGCUUAAACUUCAGGAAAUCAAUGGUUUAUACAAACUGCAGCCGCUGUCGGGUUUAGCGAAUCUCAUACCACCAAUACCGGACUCAUGUGAAAGCACUCAAACCAGCGUCGACGAGAUCGUUAGCAUGGAUGAACCACCCACCUAUAUCAACAUUCAAAACGGUCAACAGGAACCAAUAAGCCUCAGCAAGAAAGCUCUCCAUCAGCGAGAUGCCGAUGAAAAUCUAUUCCUCCGAUUUCUGGAGCUUGAUUCCACGCAAGGCACUGCAGAAGGCCUUCCAAUACCAUCGACGGACGGCACUAACAACUGCAUCGCAGGUAGAACUCCUUUCACAAUGACCAAAUUAUUGACACGAGCCGCCGACGCAGGAUUCGGAUUCUCGGUUGUUUGGACACACCCACCGCGAAUUGAAAAAGUUGAACCAGGACUGUCCGCCGACAAUGCCGGAAUUCUACCGGGCGACUACAUAGUGUUCGUCGAGAAACACAAUGUAGUCACCAUGCCGGAACUGGACGUGCUGAAUCUAAUCAAGGCUCAAGGCAAUAACCUACAGUUGGAGGUAUUUCGACGUUCGCAGCAAUCAACGCCGCCCACUCCGCUGAACUGUCCAUCUUUCAUCGGUCAGGUUCCGUUUUGUUUUGAAAAGGAACCUCCGAUUAAGUCGCUACCUACCCCAACUCAUUCGUCUUCAGAAUGUACCAACAUUCCGAUUGAAACCGUGAAACGGAAACUUCACAUUCCGCAAGUGGCGUUCAGUAAAGAAGUGGGCAAAGGAGUUCUCAAAACCGUUGACACCACGGCUGGAGCCACAGGACAUAUCGCCCUCGCUUUCCGUGACUCCUGUGAUGGACCUAAACUAAAUACCUUCAUCCCGGGACGCACCGAUAUUUGCAUGUUGGAAGCCUCAUAUCCCCCCAUUACAGUCGAGCCAAUGCUGCCAGCGCUCAUCAGUCGUCCCGGUCCUGUAUAUGGGUCAGGAGAAAAAGGCUUCCAGCCUGCCAUUUCAGGCAAGUACGUUUUGAAUUCGCAACUUUCUCUACCUGACAAGAUCAUCACUUCUAGUCAACCUACUCCGUGUAUUUUUUCUGACGACAAUGGAUUAUCACCGGGAUGCGUGCCUGCUAGUCGUAAGGAAGCCCCAUAUCCCCUCAACACAGUCGAGCCCCUCCUGCCAGCGACCAACAGUCAUCCCGGUCCUGUGUUUGAGAUCGGAGGAAGGGGCUUCCGCUCUCCUAUUGCAGGCAAGUACUCAUCUGUUUUGAAUCAUUCGCUUCCUCAACCUUCAACCGAUCGCAGAAUUUCUACGUCAACGCAUACUGAAGCAUGUCAAUCGCCUCCAACAUUGGAAUCGUCACUGGGAUGCGCGCCUGCUAGUCGUAAGGAGGCCCCAAUUCCCCUCAACACAGUCGAGCUUUGCCAGCCAGCGUCCAGCAGUCAUCCCGGUCCUGUGUUUGAGAUCGGAGGAUGGGGCUUCCGCUCUCCGAGCGCAGGCAAGUACUCAUCCGUUUCGAAUAAUUCGCUUUCUCAACUUUCGACCGAUCGCAGAUUUUUAACUUCUACGCUCAUGGGUGUUUGUCAGUCAUCUACGGUAUUGGGGUCGUCACCGGGAUACGACAUUUUCCUUGCUUCGAUCGACUGUAAUUACGACGUGAUCUUUCUUACGGAGACUGGUUUAGAUGUCAGCAUCAACUCGCUGCAGGUGUUUAGUACCUCUUUCAACGUCUAUCGGUGUGAUCGGAGCCCACUGAACAGUGAUAAGCGUUCUUUUGGUGGUGUACUGAUAGCUGUAGCAGAACGACACUGCAGUUCACGAAUUGUUGCGUGUCAUGGUAGUAGGCUUGAACAGGUGUGUGUUGCUGCCAACAUUGGAGGUACUCGUUUCCGGUUUUGCGCUAUCUAUGUUCCUCCGGACAAAAGCCGAAAUACUGACUUGAUGGAUGAGCACAUUUCCACCGUUCGUGAGCUUUGCGAAAAUGCGUCCGAUGAUGACAUCGUUCACCGUCACCAAAAAAUGACGGUAAUGGAACGGAUUUUCGGUUUCAAAGGGAAACAGUCGGAUAUUGAUCUCACGUCUUGCGGCACAAAUGUUCCCGGGUCCCCAUCGGGAGCUGAUCCGUUGAAUAAUUACCGUGGAGUGCUCUAUUUGACCGGAAGGCACAUCGAUAUUUUAGAAUGCAUGACAUUUUCUUCUGAAGGUGUCCUCCAUCAGGAAUUAAAUGGAUCAUCCAAAUCACCCACGCAGUCGUGUUUGACAAAUCCUACUCCGCCGAUUGUAGACAUGUGCGAAAAUUCUCAAUCCAGCGUCGACGAAAUAGUUAGUGUGGAAGAAACAGUUGCACUAGGAAGUACAACAGGCGGCUUACCGGAAUCGAUAAGCCUCAGUAAAAAAGCUCUCCAUCAGCGAGAUGCUGACGAAAACCUGUUUCUCCGGUUCUUGGAGCUGGACCCUCCGUUGGAAAACGGAGGCGUUCCUUCGACUCCUCGUCGCAGUUCAAUUAGUUCGAACAAACCGAACCCGGGUCGAACGCCCUUCACCAUAACUAAACGAUUGACCCGAAUCGGCGACAAAGGAUUCGGGUUUUCGAUUGUUUGGACGCAUCCUCCACGGGUGGAGAAAAUCGAACAGGGACUGUCUGCCGAGAAAGCCGGUAUUCUCCCGGGAGACUACGUAGUAUUCGUUGACAAGCACAAUGUCGUCACGAUGCCAGAGCUGGAUGUGCUCAAUCUAAUUAGGACUCAAGGCAACACGUUAUUGCUGGAAAUUUUCCGACGUCCACAACGACCGUCCAAUGGGCUUCGACCUGGGAGUGCUGGUGCCACAUCCACUAGCAAUCUGUUGAAUUUUGCACCAUUUGGUGCACAGGUGCAGUUCCAUCAGCAACAGCAGCAACAUUUGCAACAGCUACAAGAUGAAGAAACAUCGUUGAAGCCCUCCAUUGCGCCAGCUCGUUCGUCCACUGCAUGCUCCAAUGUUUCGAUUGAAACCGCCAAGCGGAAACUCAAUCUUCCUCAAGUUACAUUCAGUAAAGAGUCCAUCCUCCAACAGUUUCCGGAUGACCAUCGACGAAAGUUCCUGUACCAGCUAAUCAGUCGAGAGCAGCAUUUUGUGACGGCAAUCAACUUUGGAAUUGACCGGUUUGUGAACCCACUAAGGGAACGAAAGGAUCUCAUCUCGCCCAACGAUCACAAAACACUCUUUCAGAACAUCGACGAACUAUCACGAAUAUCGGAGGACAUCCUAGAACAAAUCAUCCAAGAUGAAAUCGAGCCACAAAUCCAUUUUGCAUCCCGCGUCUAUCUGUCCAAAUGCACAGCCCUUUGUGCGGCCUAUAAAAAGUACUGCAAUGGCCUCAAGAAAGCCGACUGUGUGCUGGUCAACAAAUCUCGAAACAGUAGCUGUGAUUUUAUGCGUUUUAUUACGGAGCCACCGGUGCCACGGAAACGACCGGACCUGACAACGUUCAUCCAUCGACCGUUGCAGCAUUUUAGAGAAAUUUUAAAACUAGUGCAGAUGAUCGCCUCCCAUUGUCGUGUAGAUAGCGAAGAACACAACAACUUCAACAGUAUUAUCAAUGAGUUGCAGUUGGCUUAUCGGGAGAUAACUGUCGGUGGUGGCCUGAUGGAACCGAUCGGUGAAGGUCGACCGCUGUUAACGCUACAGGAUCUGGAAGCCAGGAUGGUUUUCACAAAGUGUAAACCAUUUCAGCUGGCGUCACAUGGCAGGCAGUGGAUUUUUGGUGGUGAUUUGUCGCGUGUGGAAGGUCGUUCGGUCAAACCGUAUUGGACUUUGCUGUUUAGUGACAUUUUGUUAUUUGCUAAGGUCAGUCGAGAUCGGGUGUUGUUCAUCACAGAGGAACCAAUUGCGCUAUCAACGAUAACGGACUCCUGUUUCAACAUAAGAAAAAAAAACACUGAAUUUCGGAUAACAAUCGAUCCGAACGGUCGACAGAUCGAAAGUCCUACCGUUCACUGUGCCCCAGAUUUAACAAGGACCCCCAAAAGGAACUCCAAAAAGCGCUGCAUAGUACUGCGAGCCCCUUCCACAGAACUGAAAGCCGUGUGGCAAAACCUUCUUACUAGGCAGAUAUUCCUGGUGAACGCCACCUUAGGAUCAACCCCACUGAGUAGCCCUCUGGAUUCCCCGGACAUCCUCCAAACGUUGGUGCCCAUUGGAGACAUAGGAACGACGGCAGCCUCGAUGGCAUCCGUAAAGAUGCCCUCGCUGGACAGCAUCCAUCUCAAAAAUCAGCAGGUGUGUUCUAGCCUAGGUCUAGCAUCCUCUUGUAGUAGCGUCUCUUCACUGUCAAACGCCAUCACAUCAAACUCGGUAACUACAACGUUAGGGUUUAGUGCCAGGAAAUAUCCUAAUUUUACCACGCGAAGUAAUAUAUUUGAAAGCAAAAAUUAUCGCUCAAUUUCAACUAUUCCUGGUGCCAUCUCCGAGCUACCCGAACUGGCGCUAAACAAUAGUACAAACAGCAACACCCAAUCAACUAGUCAAACCAGUUCCGACGAAGUGAACAGCAACUAUUUACCUAAGCUGACAAACGAUACGGAACAUUCCGCUCAAGCCACGGACCACUCAAAUAGAAACCCAAUAUCUACAAGAGAUCGAAUAUUGAACAGCUUUUCCCGAGGGUCGCGGGACAACAUGCGCUCGAUUGUUGAGUUCAGUUUAAGCUCCGUAGGGCGGUCGUUUAUCGACAGUGCCGAAGACUCGGAGGACAAUCAAUCGUUCGGUGGAGACUACGUCCACACGCCGGAUACGCCUCCGCCGAAUGUUUCCCCCUCAUCAUCCCACAGGUACUCCGAAACAUUUUCGAACGAUUUCAAAACGUCCUCAUCGCCGAGUGCAGCCGUUUCGCCCAUGGAAGAUGACUGCAGCAAGUAUCUGCUGGCCAGUGGCUACGGUGGCUCGUGGGACCUGCUGGAGCUGGAUUUGGACUUCCAUCAGGUGAACUGUGAUCCAUCGUUCGGGAAAGACGUGACCGAAACGGAAUUCAUGGGCGACGAUGAUCCGUUCGGAAUGCUGCCCACGCAACCGACGCCGCCCAAUUUACCUCAUGCUUUGUUUUCGGACUCGCACUGGUCGAGGUCGAGUAAAGUUCCCAAACAGGUCGAAGAAUUGAUCGAUGAAAAGUGUAGGAACCUGAAUAAAACAGGUGUCCCAAAGGGCAGUGCUUUGCACCUCGCCCAGUGGAUGAAGGGGCAGCUAGACAAACAAGUAGUGGAGUCCGAUCCAAUCGAUUCCGAUCCAGAAGCGGCUAUCGAAGAAUGGUCAAUUGAACAAGUGGCGAACCGAUCGAAGGAGUUAAAAUUGGUUGAUACCGACGGAAAUGUGUGCAAAGCGAUGAACGGGGCAGGGUCGAACCUCAAGUUGACCGACGCUCAUCUAGAGGAUGGCUCUACGUACGAUGGAGAUGAUGACAACCGAAGUGUGUCGAAAAGUACAACCUCCGAUAGUCAGAUAACGGUUCGGUCGAGCCCCCUUAGCAAUAAAGUAGAUACCAUAUCAGUUUGUCGGCAGUGCCAUAAAAACUGUAAAAGCCGCAUGAACUCUCCAAGCAGUAACUCAUUAACAGUACAACACAGCCAGACGUCAUCCACGCGAUGUUGCGUGUCUUCCUCGACGACUACCAGCAGUUUGAACAAGAGUGGAAACUCCAAUAACAGUAUUUCUUCCACAAGCACUCUAACGAUUCUGAGCAAGUCGUCAGCGAGAGUGGAAGAUGCAACCAUUUUGCCAGAAACUCCAGAUUCUGUUCAUAAGACUUCACACAAACAUUCGCCACCAGCAGCACUGAGCCUCAACAGUUAUAAGUCCAAGUGCCAAACGCCCUGUCACUGCAAAUGUACUCCGAAAGACUUCGAGAAGACCACCAUCAGCCCCGACGAGGUGCUUCACGAACGCGUCAAAAUAUUGAAGAAUGUCAACGAAGUUAACGCCAAUACAGGUUCCCCUAAGCUCAACGGACACCGAACCGUCAUGCAUGAGCUACGAACUAGCAGAUGUGAUAGUAGCAAAUGUGAUCCCAUCGAUAACAAUAAUGUCGAGGAUUGGUCGCUGAUGUUGAUCGGUCUAGCCCAAAUAAACCCAGCAGCAUCACUCGUUCGCAUGGAUCCUUUCGAAGCCGUACCUACCAUUUCGGUGGUCCCACCAACACCGGAUGCACUGAACAGCAACAACCACAGACAACCAAUGUCCUUAAACUGGACCGACUCCAAUCGCCUACAACUGGGAAUGAUUAACGAAGAUAAUGGACUAGAAAAUGACGAGUAUUCUCCGGACAACUCUCCCGAAGACGAAGUAGCUGAAACCCCGUACCGUGCACUUAACACGGGAAUGAAGCGGUAUGGCACCCUGUCUAGUUUGGAAAGAGUGCCAUCCGACGAAACCGACAAAACCUACAAUUCUUCCGAGGAUGAUUCCGAGAAUGAUAUCAAAAUCGUUACCAAAGAGGUGUACGACGACAACGCUCAAACAUUUCUCAACUGGACGGCACGGGCUGGUAGCUUCAUUGAGGAAUCCCGAGCCUUCAUUGAUCGAUAUCUAGGCCGGGGCAACACAGCCGACGAGGACAAUAAGGACGAUCUGGAUGUCGAGGAAGACAUCAUCGAAGGCGAAACGUCGGUAACCUCCGGCGAGGAAGUGUGGGGCACUCCAACGAGUGGAGGCGAAAACGAUGACAUGCAAAUCUUCGGCAGCAUCGAACAGACGCAUUCGUCCCCUACCAAGUCCUCAUCGUCUUACACCGGAGAUGACGAUACCGAACUGAUGAUGGAUGAACUGUUAAUGGCACCACCGAUGACUGCCAGCGCAGUUCGAGGGCUGUUGCCAAGACGAAAGCUAGAACCACUGUUCGAAGAGGAGAGCGAAAGCUGCGAAGAAUCGGACGACGACAGUAAGCCACUGAAUGGGCGCGAAAAUCAGGGGCAAGCGGUGGAAAGAAAUCCUCCGGAUUAUGUGGACUUAAGAGGUUCCAUCGAAUCCGACUCAGUAAGUACAACGCCGUCGUCAACCCCCCAGAUGGAAACGAGGGAGACGGUGAAGACGACCACACCCGACGAAAGCUAUGGGAGUGCUGCUGACAGAUGCUCUGCAUCUGUGCAGCUCCCGAGCAUCGGGAUGCCCUCUGCAAGAGGUAUCGAUCAUUUCGGGGCGAGUUCCGGUGCUGCGCCGAUCCUCACGUUGCCUCCUCCGCCGUCUACCGCCCCACCACCACCCCUAUACGGACUCAGUCCAAGGCUGGAGAUGCGUUUGGCGCUGAAUCACGACAUUCUCGGCGACGAAGACCUAAUCAGCUACACCCCGGCACCGGACCUGACUUCGAUUCUCGGGCAAGACCUCUCCACAUACCACCGGAUGAGCGGGAAGGAUAUCAUUAUGAAUCGAAUCAUCACGCGGGUGAACAGCUACAACAGUAUUCCGGUGGCUUUGGCCAAGCACAACAUGAUGAAUUCUACAACCAGCAACAACAAUCAACCGGCAAGGCCCAGCUCGAGCAAUUCCGACUCUCCGGGCACCAGCACAAACCAUCCCCUGAAAAACGGAACGAGCUCAUCAUAUCAGCAAAACAAUUCAAAGAUGGAUACUCCUACGCCCAGCCGACGAAAAGCACAAGAUCCAGCUACCUGGAACAGUUUUGGGUCUGUGGAUCGCGAAGAAAAGACUCUAUCGGACCUGGAGCGUUUAGCGAGGCGCGAGAAAGUCUACUGCAUGACUCAACUGAAUCAAAACGGCUCCCACCUGAAACAUACAGCUAGUUUCAACAAAUCCAGAACUUCCAAAUUAUUCAACUUUCUAUCGCGACGAAACUCGGAGAACACAUUGCAUGGGCUUCAGGGGUCGUCGCGAGAAUACAGCGGUGACGAUGUUCCUACUUCCCACUCGGACUCCAGCCGGAUGAACUCACCUAGGAAAGAAAACACCUCCACAUACCACCGGAUGAGCGGGAAGGAUAUCAUUAUGAACCGAAUCAUCACGCGGGUGAACAGCUACAACAGUAUUCCGGUGGCUUUGGCCAAGCACAACAUGAUGAAUUCUACAACCAGCAACAACAAUCAACCGGCAAGGCCCAGCUCGAGCAAUUCCGACUCACCGGGCACCAGCACAAACCAUCCCCUGAAAAACGGAACGAGCUCAUCAUAUCAGCAAAACAAUUCAAAGAUGGAUACUCCUACGCCCAGCCGGCGAAAAGCACAAGAUCCAGCUACCUGGAACAGUUUUGGGUCUGUGGAUCGCGAAGAAAAGACUCUAUCGGACCUGGAGCGUUUAGCGAGGCGCGAGAAAGUCUACUGCAUGACCCAACUGAAUCAAAACGGCUCCCACCUGAAACAUACAGCUAGUUUCAACAAAUCCAGAACUUCCAAAUUAUUCAACUUUCUAUCGCGACGAAACUCGGAGAACACAUUGCAUGGGCUUCAUGGGUCGUCGCGAGAAUACAGCGGUGACGAUGUUCCUACUUCCCACUCGGACUCCAGCCGGAUGAACUCACCUAGGAAAGAAAACGACAAAUCAUUAGACCGACGUUUCUGGAAACAACUCAGCAAACGACGCCGGGGCAGUCUGACCGAGGUCACUGCCAACGGCAACUAAUCGAGUAAUAGAUAUACAGAACAGUUGCAUCGAUGUAAUCGCAUAAAAAACCGCUAUCCACCUUCGAGCUCUUAAAACGACGGUAGCAUUAAUUGACAACUUCAAGCUAAAAUUCGAUUUCAUUACAGAAAACAAGUAUAACGCUAAGCAAACCUAUCUACCUAACAAGUUUUAGCUAAACUCUCGUUCCGUCAGGAUCUUUCUAAGGAUAGUUUGUUCGUAGAUAGUAUGAAUCAAUGAAUAGUCAGAGUAAAGCAAAUUGUUCGUUGUGACUUAUAGUCCUUUCCGUACCCCACUCCGUGAGCUCUCCUAGAUGUUGUGUUUUCUAUGCGUAGUUUUCGAUGGAAAAUAUGUUAGGACGAACGUAGGUUGACUAUCAGAGCACCCUCCAACAUGUAGCUGGAUGUAGGGUGAGUUAAAAGUAUUGAGCAACUGUAAUUUGAUAAUCAAGGUUGAAAUUUAAAAAAAAGUUAAGUCAAAUAUUGAAAAAAAAAACAAAUCUUGGACUCGGAAAUCAAUAAUUAGAGUAUAGAUCAAAUAAAAGCUUCGCGGAGAUGGCUACAAAAUCGCGUAGAGCAACAAAUAAGCGAAUCAAUUCGUGAUAGUAGAUAAUAAAUGGUAUUUUAUUUGUUAAUUUGGUAAUGAAUUGGCAGUCACCUUAGUCAUACUUUAGGAAAUUUUUGACGAUACCAUAGUUUAGAAGUAAAUACGGUUUUCAAAAUGUAUAUAUUUUUAUCUGUGAAUUUUAAAGAACACAAUUUGUUAUAGCUCACAUUGAUGGAAUUAGAACAUUGAGAAUACCAAGAGGACACGUUUGUCAUCGCAGUGAUAUACAUAAAGAUAUGAUUAUUGUUGGGUUCAGUCGCAACCUUUGUCGAUUGUUUAUUACCAUAUUUGACUGUGGUUACAUACAACAUCAAUUCUUUGAACAAUAUUAAAAUACAUUGUGAAAAAUAGGAAUUAUGUUUUGUUAGAUAUAGCAUUUCACUACAGGUCAAUUCGAUGCCAUCAGUAAUGAACAGCCCGUCCUAACUUUUUGUAAUUCGAAAAAAAGCAUCUUCCUUUCGAGAGCUGCACACCGGUCCGCAGAACAAUGCCAAAGAAUUCUGUUUCAUUCAAAUAUCCUACAUUUUUUGAAUAAUCUGUCAAAAAAUCAUCUAAAUCUUGUAAAUAGAUGUCCCAGUUUUAAAGAAAUAAUUCCAACAAUAACAAACUUUAUCUCAAGCAGUAAAGACAUUUUAAAGUACUCAUCUUAAAAUGAAUAAGUAAAAUAAUUAACAGAAACGCCAAAACGUACAGCUUUACCAAACCAAUUCAAAUCGAUCAUCCAAACUCUUCAUAGUUAGAUAAGAACUCAUAGAAUUGAACAACAAACAUCAGGAGAUUAACUGAACAGCAUAAUGAUUUAAACGAACUCAAACAAGCAAAUCAAAAUCUAUGCCAUUUUAUUAAAUUCAAAUUCGAACAUUUUAUGAAUCAUAAAUCAAGGAGUAUGAGAAGAAUAACACGCAUUACCAUAAAAUAGGGCAACUUUUAGCAGAUUUCAAACAUAUAGUCUGGAAUACAGGCAGUCUUUUGGGUAGGUAACAAUGCACUAGAGAGAAAAAAAAAACAUUUCGAGUAUUUUGCCUUAUGAAACCAAUAGUUGUACAUUUUCGAGAAAAGUAGCGCGGAAGCCAUAAGCAGCAAUCACACAAAGCACUCUCUACGAACGAUACGAUUGAACCGGUGAAUAAAGAAAAUAAACUUCACUUUC